CGCCGCCCGUCACACAAGAUCUCACCCACAGGAAAAAAAAAAAGCCGCUCGGCUACCAUGCCUCCAACGCGGCUUAGCAGCGCCCACCCCACCUAAGCCUCCCGUUCGCGCUAAUACGCCUUCUAUGACGCUAACCCAUCUACCACCACAAACCCACAUCAUCCAUCGCUCACACACACGCUUGACUCCGCCCCUCUCACACCGUCCCUCAUUCCCAUCGUCGCGGAUCCAAAAACCUGCCUUGCCUGCUUUUGCUUUGCUGUGCAUAUGUGGGGGACAGCACAAUGAGUAGCGCAAGCCUGCACAAGCAAUGCCCUCUCCCCGUCCCUCGACCCUCCUGCGCGUCCCCUACACAGACCCCCUGCCCGCGCCCAAGAUAAUCCCUGCGAGCGCGGGCACCGCCUCCGGCGCCAUCGCGGCGCUCGUCGACUUCCUCUCCCCCGCCGCCAGCAACAGCACCUCCAAGGCGAGAUCCUCACUCCGGGCGGCCCGCAGCAGGCACAAUAAUGGCAAAACGCUGCUGCUCACCGGCGCGGGCAUAUCGGUGGCUUCGGGGCUUGCGGACUAUAGGGGCACGAAUGGGACGUAUACGCUGAAUAGGAGCUAUAGACCGAUUUACUAUAACGAGUUCUGCGCGAGCCAUGAGGCGCGGAAGAGGUACUGGGCAAGGAGCUUCCUGGGGUGGACGAAUCUCGAGCGCGCGAGGCCGAAUAAGGGACACGAGGCUGUUGGGAAACUGGGGGAGCUUGGGAUCGUGGGGAGUGUGAUUACGCAGAACGUAGACUCCUUCCACCCGCUCUCGCACCCACACCUCCCCACCCUCGAGCUCCACGGCUAUCUCCGCAGCCUCGUCUGCCUGACCUGCCGCACGCCGUACCCACGACGCGCCUUCCAAACGCAGCUCUCGCACCUCAACCCCGCCUGGACCGCCUUCCUGCACGAAAUGCUCGCCGCGGGCGCGCUCGACACGGAGAACCCGUCGGAGCGGAAGAAGCGCGGCCUGAAGACCAACCCCGACGGCGACGUCGAUAUCCCGGACGCGCCGUAUACCACGUUCCGAUACCCCGCGUGCCCCGUGUGUCUGGAGCGGGGGCGCGAGAGGGUAGAAGUGGACAAGGAUGGCGCGUGGAUAGAGGGCGCCGGCGUGUUGAAGCCGGCUGUGGUUAUGUUCGGAGAGUCGAUACCGGGAGAUGUGAAGAUCGCCGCGGAGCAGGCCGUGGACUCUGCGGCUCGGAUUCUCGUCGUGGGGAGCAGCUUAGCUACCUAUUCAGCGUGGCGGUUAGUGAAGAGGGCGAAGGAGAAUCAGGUGCCGAUUGGGGUACUCAAUAUCGGCGGCUGCAGGGGCGAGGAAUCUUUCUUCGCUGACAUACCCGAGGGGAAUACGGGCAGAGAAGCGGUGCGUUGUAGUGAGAGCGCGGAUAAGAUCUUGCCGCAGGUUGUGACGAUAUUAGCAGGGAUGCAGAGGUAGCCUCGCCUUUGUGACAGCAAAUGUACAAGUACUAGAUCUAUAUCAACACAGACUAAGCACGUACUGAGAUGAGCGAUCCG